AUGCUGGAAGCAAGAACAGUCACAUCCGGGGCGACUGGCCGCAACGGAGGGCACUGCAAAGACGUAUCCUACAAGACGUACAGCAAGUUAAAAGCGCAGCUUGGCAAAGAGGCGGCGAAGCGGUUGGUGAAUUUUAGGCGCAGCCAUAUUGAUGCCACGCGGCAGCUGGCGCGUCAGCUGCACGAGGAGGGCUUUGGUGAUGGACACUUCCGGACCGUGGACAGUAUAACGGGGGUGUUUGAUCGCGAGAUCUUUCGAGAUCUUUCGUACAACUUGCACGCAUUUUUGGAGGAUUUCCAGGAGGAGCGCGACCGGUAUUUGAUUCUAGAUGGAGAGGAGGCGCAGAGAAAGUACGGGCUUGUCGGAGCGUGCGGCGCCAUAAGCUCGCCCGCAGCAGCACUAUGGCCGUAUCGUCUUGUCACGAGUGUGCUCCAGCGCCUGCUCUCCAGACAUCAGUCUUUCUCGCUGGAAGCUCUGACUCCCGUGCUAUCCCUCAGUGCGAGUAAGGACUCGCGACAUCCCUACGUGGUCCAUACGCCACGAGGAACGAUCCGCGCCCAGCAUGUCGUCCAUUGUACCAACGGCUACGCAUCACACCUGCUGCCGAGCCUGCGGGAUAAGAUUGUGCCUGUCAGAGGGCAGAUGACGGCUUUCGUUCCUUCCGAUGAAUUCCCACGGCGCGGCGAUAUCCACAGUUGGUCGUUGUGUUGGCCGAACGGAGGGUUUGACUACAUGACUCAAGCCAAUGAUGCGGAAGGACUGGUAUUUCUGGGUGGUGGGGUGGAACAGGGAUCGAGUGCAGGGUCAGUAGACUACGACUUGGUCGACGAUGGCAGCCUGAACACUCCCGCUUUGCAACAUCUAUGCUCUGUGUUGCCAAAACACUUUGAGGCGGGAGAUGGGGCGAAGCUCAAGAAAGCCUGGACGGGAAUUAUGGGGUUUACCCCGGACGGGUUUCCUCUUGUUGGAAGAAUUCCUCAAGAGCUAAGUCCUAGGAAGGUGGUCCACGGCGCCGCCGGGCAGGAAUGGAUCGCUGCAGGUUUCAAUGGUUAUGGCAUGGUCCACUGCUGGCAGUCUGGAAGAGCAAUUGCAGACAUGGUCACCGGAAAGCCAAAGGAAACGAUCGAUGCCUACUUUCCGUCCGAGCAUUUCGCCUGUUCAAAAGAAAGGUUGGAACGAAUGGACUCGGAGGCGUUAAGAGCAGAGUUCUACAAGAACGCACCGACAACUUUGAAGAGUCGUAUCUGA